AUGCUCGGUUUUAAGAUCGCGGCUCUUGCCUUCUUUACUGCACUAGUCAGUGCGUCCAGCCUUAUACACAAGAGCAUACCAAUCAAACACGAUCAUUUGCACGAGAAAGUGCGAAGCAGGAAUAAUGCAGCGGCAUCUGGACAUGUCACGCAAAAAGGCUUCAAGACGAUAGGAUACUACGCGAGCUGGGCAAUCUACGGACGCAAUUGGCCCCCACAGAACAUACAGCGCGAAGCAUUAACACACGUUCUCUACGCCUUCGCAGGCAUCAACAACAAAACCGGCGAAGCCUACCUCACCGACGAAUACGCCGACAUCCAAAAACAAUUCGACGGCGACGUGCCGGACAACAAAACCACAAACCUCUACGGCAACCUCAAACAACUCUACCUCCACAAGAAAAAAAACCGAAACCUCAAAACCCUCCUGAGCAUCGGAGGCUGGAACCUUCGCACCUACUUCGCUCCCGCCCUCUCCACCCCCACCGGUAGAAAAACUUUCGCCCAAACCUCCGUCCAACUCCUCAAAGACCAUGGUUUCGACGGUUUGGACAUCGACUGGGAAUAUCCAAACUCCACCUCGCAAGCCUCCGACCUCGUCGACACGGCCCGUCUCUUCCGUGAAGAACUCGACGCUUACUCCGCGAACCUCACUUCCCAUCCACAUUUCUUAUUAACGAUGGCUGUCCCCGCCGGACCCGAAAAUUUUCAACACUUUGACCUGCCCAAACUCAACCCAUACGUCGAUUUUUUGAACCUCAUGGCCUACGAUUAUCAAGGAGCGUCUUUCUCGAAUUUCUCGGGCCACAAUUCGAAUUUUUUCAAGAGUCAACGCAAUCCCCAGGGGACGGAUUUUUGUACGCAGGAUGCGCUGGAGUAUUAUAUUGGGACUGGAGGGCCUUAUCAAGCGGGGAAUGGGGCGGGGAAUUGGACGUGGAGCGGGAGUGGGUUUCCGGCUGAGAAGAUCAUGUUGGGGAUGCCGUUGUAUGGCAGAUCUUUCGCCAACACGUCAGGACCCGGGACGAGGUUUUCUCAGCCGAUGGAUGGGAGUUGGGAGGCGGGGGUUUGGGAUUAUAAAGACUUGCCUUUCAAUGGAUCGCGGGUGCAAUAUGAUUACGAUGUCGUUGCGUCGUGGAGUAUGGGUGGGAAGGGGAAUCAUUCGCGGUAUAUGGUUUCUUACGAUGAGCCGGCGAUUGCGUUGAAGAAGGCCGAGGCGAUUUCAGGGUUGGGGUUGGGGGGUGCCAUGUGGUGGGAGUUGAGUGGAGACUUGCCGGUGAAUUCGUCGAGGAGUUUGAUUGGGACGGUUAAGGAGCAUUUGUUGCGGUGUGGGGGGUUGGAACAGUGUCGGAAUGUUCUUGAUUAUCCUUAUAGUAAGUAUAAGAAUUUGAGGGAGGGGAUGCCGGGGCAGUAG